AUGCUAGUUCUCAGGUUUCUCAAUGUUGUGGCUCCAGCCUACUUCCUGUGCAUCUCCUUCGUGACUUUCACCCUCCAGCUCUUCCUCUUCAUCCCCAGCAUGUUCAAAAACCCUUCCGCCACCCCUCUCUUCUCCUCCGCUUUGCUGCAUGGGGCCCUCUUCCUCUUCCUCUCAGCCAAUGCACUGGGCAACUACAUCCUUGUGAUCCAGAACACCCCGGAGGACCUGGGGAAGGGUCUGAACUUGGCCGGAGGAGCUGAAGCGGUGGUGGCCAACUGGUCAGAUGGAAACGGGCCCCAUGGCUCCGCCUUGCCUGGAACUCACUUCUGUCGACUGUGUGCCAGAGCCACCCAAAGGCAUGACCACCACUGUUUCUUCACAGGGAACUGCAUUGGGAGCAGGAACAUGCGGAACUUCAUCAUGUUCUGUCUGUAUACCUCCUUGGCUUGCCUCGAUUCCCUAGUGGCAGGAGUGGCUUAUAUUUCUGCCGUGCUCUCCACUUCCUUUGCCAACCCACUGGCUUUCCUGACCCUCCUGCCUCACUCCAUUAGCCAGUUCUUCUCAGGAGCUCUUCUUAGCUCGGAAAUGUUCGUCAUCCUCAUGCUAUACCUCUGGCUGGGAAUCGGACUUGCCUGCGCUGGCUUCUGUUGCCACCAAAUGCUGCUGAUCUUGCGAGGGCAAACGCGAUACCAGGUGCGGAAAGGACUGACGGCACGAGCCCGGCCCUGGAAGAAGAACCUAGAAGAGGUCUUUGGAAAGAAGUGGCUGCUAGGAUUUCUCAUUCCUGUGCUCAAUGUAGGAAAUGACUAUCACAGGCAGAAAGAGAAGUGA